GUCAAAUUCCUGAACACGUAGGAGCUCCUCGCGCUGCUCCAACACGACGCACGACGCAGCGCAUAACGGAUUACUGAUCAACUCAUCGAUGAGACACUAUUUACAUGUAGCCUAUUGCCUACUUCUGCCAUCACAGCACGCCAUGGGAUGUUUUUUUCUUCCAUUUCCAUUCCAUUUUCCUACAAGAAACAUGACAUGAAGAUCUUUUCUCCCCAGACCUCCUGUUCGUGCGCAACUGGACCCACUUGUUUGCCGCAGAAGAGAAAUGUAAGAAUCUGAAGUAAAUGGUUAUUAUGGACAAAGCAGCGCGAGUAAAAAGCCGGGUUACACACGUCAUUCCAAAGUGGGGGAAAAAAAAAUAACAGCCUGAGUUCACUUUUCCACAACGGAAAUGAGAUCAGUCCCAUUGCUUGGCUCCACUUCUUCUAAAACAUGGUCGAUGUAACUCCAUGCAGUGCCGGGGAUCUGAUAUUCUCGGACUUGUGAACCACAGACAGCUUGUUGUUGAUGGAAAGAUGUUUGCUGGACUGAUGGGGCUGGGAUGUCACAGUAACUCUCUGCUUCACCACUGCGAAGUCAUGGAAGGUGGCAGAGCACCAGGGACAGCUGGAGGCUCUGCUCGUAAGAGGCUCCACCGAAAACCAGGGUACAUGAGAGGAGAGCAGACCAGACUACUGAGCACUACUCAUGGCCAGGAGGAGGAGGAGGAAGGGAGGACCCCUUGCAUUAGGAACGGAAAAUCUGGACGUCACACUGACAUCACCGAGGAAACCAGCGCUCAGAGGACACCUCCUGUCAAAGUGUCCUUAAUGAAUCAGCAGCAGCCUGAUAAACUCACAUGCAGCUUCCAGAAGAGUAAGAAUCUUCCCUGCUCUGUUACCCGCCAGGUGGACUACAGUGCCAUUAAUGGUACAUCCAGCCACCAGGGUCCAUCCUCUCCACCCCAGAAUGAACUCAGGUUAAGCCCAAGCCCGGCCCUCCGGUCCUCACCAGAGGACUCCUUUAAUUCCAGCUUCAGUUUCAUCCAACAGUCUCUCAACUCCAGCCAGAGGACGGACGCAGCCACUGCCACACCAUCCCGGGGGCCAGAACCACUGAACCAGUCAACUAAAGCACCUAGUUCACCUCAAACCAAACCAGCAACCUUAUCCAUUGAGCACAAUGUCUUAAAACAGUCAACUCCUGUCCAAUCGGUGCCCUCCUCCACCCUAAGCAGCCAGGCGGAGCGAGAGGAGCUGUCAUUAGGUGGGCGGUUUUGGCGGGAGUGUUUGUGGGGAGGCAGGGAGGUUACGCCAGACCUGCCUGACUGUGACUCCCAAUCUCUGGACAUAGAGAUCACCUCCUCACUGUCUGUGGACUCAGACACCGCCUCCGCCUCUUCUGUCACCUCGGGCUACGAGAGCGCCACGCCUGCAUCGGACCAAGGCUGGGACAGCCUGGUGAAGAAGUACGAGGGCGUGCUGCAAGACUGCCUCCAAAACAACCGUACUCACACUAAGAUUGAGUCCAUGAUGUUGAAGCUGCAGAGGCUCCAGCAGAAAGCCAUUUUGGAUGACGACUAUGACGCAGCUGAGCGUUUUGGGAAAAAGCUGGAGGAGCUGUGCAGGGAGCGAGGCGCUCUGAAGAUGGGUUUACCCUCCAGACAGCCCAGCGUGGCUCUGUUCCUCGAGGGCCUCACACAGGUGGUGCACAGCGCCCUCCAGAGGGCAGACUGCAGUCAGUGCAGGGAGACUGCGGAGCCUGAUGCAGCGGAGCGGUCCGACUCAUUGCAUGGUCCGCUGCAUCGAAGAAAUCGUCUGAUCCAAGAGAAACGGCUGGUAGAGGAGGAGAUAGCGGAGCUGCAGCGGAGGCUGGCGGAGCGGAGGGAGCGCAGUCGAUGCCUGGAGCAGCAGAUCCAGCAGGAGGAGCAGCAGGUGGAGGCCGAGGAGCUGGAGGGCUCCAUGCUGAGGAGCUGCACCGUGGCCCAGCUCCGCCGCAUCAGCCGAACCCUGCAGGACCUCAUCACCUCGGAAAACCGCACGCAGAUCUCCGUCUCUCCGUCACCCUCCUUGCGCAGACUCCAGGAGCAGGAGCAGGCAUUAAAUCUGUCCAUCAAGGAAGCCACUGCUAAAGUGGUCAUGAGUCAGAGGCUGGGCAGCAGCCUGAGGAGGAAAGUCAGCGAGACUGAAACUCAGCUUUUGGCACUGCAUGAAGCCAAACUGGCAGCCAUCUCAGGUAAUGACUUCAGCAGUGCCAAGGAGCUGAAGGCUGAGAUGAAGGCGGUGUACCAGGAGCAGGACCGGCUGGAUGCUCUGGCCAAGAGGCUGCACAGCCUCAGCUCGGGUAGCAGCCAGGAGCUGGCCAGGAUGAAAGAGCAGCGGCAGCAGCUCAGGCAGGAACUGGAGCAGAGUGAGGCCCAGCACGAAAGCCGACUGAAAGAGAACACGACCACGUAUAUCAAGCUAUUGGAGGACAUAUUGCACAGCUGUGGCUGCCCAGGCUUGGAGCGGAUCUGGGAAGCUGACCUGGAAGCGUGUCACCUGUUCUUGCGAGGCCUCCAGUUGCGGACUCCCAGCUGCAGUGGAGGAGACAUCGAAGACCUCUCCACUGCAGCAGUUCAUCCUCCAACCCAGCCGUGCACCAAAGAAGAAGAAGACUGCGCCAUGCUGACUGCAUUAGGAGGGCGCUGGUGUCCCGAGGCCAACUUACAGAACUCUGAGUUCACAAAGAAAUUGGAGGAGUUUUUGUUCUGCAUGGAGGAUAAUCACCCCGAGGACGGGUGCAGCGAGGCUGCAGACCUGACAGAGCGCUGCGAGCUGAUCAGUGACAGACUGAUGACCUUGGAAGAUGAAUUGCAGACGGCCAUACUGAACCGGGAUCAGUCCCUCACCCAGUCAUUGGAAAAGGAGGUUCAGGAAUUAAAAGCCACUUUACAAACCAUGCUCGCACAGCUCAAAGAGGAAGAAGAGGAGGAAGAGGAAGUGAACGAGUUACAAGGUGACGACCUUGUGAAAAACGGGACUGACGAUGAAGAAGAAGAGGAAGAAGAAGAGGACGAUCAGUACUUCAGUGACAGCUGGGGCAUUUGACAUGGAUGUUUGUAGUGUUUUAUGACCACUCAAAGAGACCGGCUCUCUGAGAGCCUGAACUCAGCUUUGCAAUAGGAGUGACCCCAUAUCCAUUUACUGUAAAGCCUCUCUCAAAGGGCUACACAACCAGCCUCUGUGGUACUGCUGAACGUUUCCAGUAUAGAGCCUUGGAAAGUCUGUAUAACAUUGUAUCCAUCUACAAAUUGAAACAUAUGAAGGAUUUUAAAUGUAAAAUAUAAGACACUUUAAUGCAAAUUCCUCAAAUCUUGCCAGCCUAAGUUUAACAAGGUAAAGAGUGCCUUUGGCCACCAUGCCGUUAUAGUUCUUAUUUUUUCAAUGUUUUUGGAAACAGUUUUUUAUGUCACGUCUUACUGGUGCUGAGCAAUUAUGUGAUUUUUUAUUUUUAUUUUUACUGUAAAACACAGAUUUUAGGUGAUUAUUCGGUUUGUUGAGACUUUUCAGUUAUUCUGAUUUGUUGAGUCUCAGAAGUUAUAGCCUAAAUGAUCAGCCCUAAAGCGAGAUUGUGUAACUUUUGCAGCAACUUGUGAAGUUAGAAGUAAGAAGGAGGGUCUGGCGAGGCUACAUUCCGGAAUGGGACAAACGUGCUCUGGUUUAUUGGCAUUUCUUUAAACCAAUCACAAUCGUCUUGGGCGGCGCUAAGCACCAUAGGGAGCAACGGCGCCUCUGCAAAAUAGCAUUUGGAAGGAACUUGUUUUGGUGGAACGUGUGCACGUUCAAAAGUUGUUUUAGUCGUUCAACAGAAAAGAAAAGAUUGGACAGAGAAGUCUAGUUAGCGGUCUGGAUUUACCCUGCAGAGAUCUGAGGAGCAGUUAACCACAGUCCUCAGAAAUCCACCAGAGUUUAAGAUGUGAAAUCCGGCGGAAUUUCCGUCGGCACCGGAGCAAUCCCGGAAGUGGAACGUCGUGGAUAUAGACUACUGUAACAGUAAGAGUAAGAGUCAUACAGCAAGUGAACUUAAUGAGUAAGUUUGCUAAUAUUAGCUGACAUUAGCCACUGGAAGUUACAGUAAAGCUGUAUCACAAAAAGCCUGGGUGAAUUUAAUUGACCAAGGGUGUGGUGCAGAAUGUGUUAUUUCUUCUUUCAAGAGUUACAUAGUAGCGCUUUAAAAUUCAAUGACAAAAACAGUAAAUUAUAUACAUUUCUUUUUUUUAAAUAGCAAGCAUGAAACCAAACCGAAGCCUAAAAAUCACAAAUUGCUCACCACCACCACUCGACUGAAUUAUGGCCGGGGACCAAGUGGACAAUCUAAACAUCUUUUACUGGUAACAGUCUUGCACAUAAACUAAAAUGUAUGCUUUAUUUUUAGGUCAGCUAGGCACUUUUGUGUGUUUUCCGUACGAUUGGACUUGAAAUCUAUUGUCCAUGAAAUAACUCUUUUGUGGUGCUACAGAAUGUGAGCUAACUUGAACACUUGGUUCUCUUUGUGUGCAAUAUUUAGAUGUUUUUCCUCCCUGUGUUAAAGCACUGAAGGCUUGGAGAGAUGCUCUGUAUGUUUUAAAAUACAUCUGUCACAAAAGUCCAAUCGUGUCUUAUGCAUGUAGGAAAUACUAAAAAAAUUAAAUAUCACACACAUUAAUAGAAAUAUUUUGUUUUUCUAAAAUAAUUGCAUCUGCCACUGAUUGUGUUGUGUUAUUUUACUUUAUGUAAGCUCAGAAUCUUUUUCUUCAUUCCACUGAGUGUCACUUGACUUUUUGCCAGAAACAUUUUUGUACUUUGACCCACUAAUGCGUUUUUUAAUUUACUGUGCAGCUUGAACUUGCUGUAUCAUAUUUUAUAUUUAUUCCUUACAGCAUCUCACUAAUUACAGCAUGUACCAUUCAGCAUAA